CUAAAACCCAACCGACUGCAAGUGAAAAGCACGUCCGUUUUCCACCAAACUGAGGGCAAACUUAUCACAGGCAUAAAAAUGAGAGCAGCUCUUUGUACCAUUGCUUUUUUGCUUGUCUUUGAUUUUUGUGUCAGCAGCAGUGUCUCCUGUCAGGGAGAAGAUUGUCAACUGAAGGAUGUACAAUUAGAUGUCAAAAAGGCACCUCCUUCUCCAAUGGGUACCUGUUUGAUUAUGGGUGACCCACAUUACAGCACAUUUGAUGGAAGUUACUACAGCUUCAUGGGAAAUUGCACCUACAUCGUUGCGAAAAACUGCCACAUAGAUGACGAACACCCACAAUUUCAGAUUAACACCAAGAACGAGCGCAACGGAAACAAACAAAAUACACUGGUUUCUGUGGUCACUAUUUUAGUUUACGGCAACACAAUCACCUUCAACCGGCGUGAGGUUGGGCUUAUCAUGAUUAAUGCAUCAUAUUGGAACUUACCAGUCGUUUUGAACAACGGUCGUGUGAAAAUCAAAACAAACAGCCUUUCAGUUACCAUGCAGACAGAUUUUGGCCUGUCUGUUCAGUAUGACUGGGAUCAAUAUAUGGUAGUUACAGUGCCAGAGAGCUUUAAGGGAAGGAUGUGUGGUAUGUGUGGGAACUUCAAUGGGAAGAAAGAAGAUGACCUCACUACUCCCAGCGGCAGUGUAGCAGGCAGUAUUCCAGAGCUGGGAAAGAGCUGGAGAGUAUCAGGUUUAUCAGGAGAAGCUUUCUGUCAUGAUGAGUGUCCAGGGCAGUGUCAGAGUUGUGAGGGUGCUUCAUGGUUCACACGCAUGAAUGCAAAGAUGAGCUGUAGCAUCGGAACAUAUCUCACCAAAGGACCUUUCCAUAGCUGCAAGAGUGCCAUUAACCCUAAUGUCUUCUAUGAGAACUGUCUAUUUGACUACUGCACUGGCAAAAAGAUCAGCAAUUUCUUAUGUCAAACUGCUGAGAUGUAUACAGAUGCCUGUAGGCAAGCUGGUAUACAUGUUUAUGACUGGAGAAGCUUCCUUAAGUGCCCUACACCUACAUGCCCUCCAAACAGUCACUUUGAGUCAUGCGCCUGUCCUGCUACCUGUGAGAAUCCCACUCCUUCUGCUGCAUGCAAAGCAAACUGUGUAGAGGCUUGCACUUGUGAUGAUGGAUACUUGUGGAGUGGAAACAAGUGUGUUCCUAAGAAUCAGUGUGGCUGUGUGUACAAAAGUGAUGGUGAGGAACGUUACCUGCAGGCUGGAGAAUCCAUCUGGGCUGAUAGCAGUUGCACCAAAAAAUGCACCUGCAAUCCAAAUAAUGGUCAAGUCACUUGUGAAAACGAAAGCUGUCCACUUGGAAAUGCAUGCACCGUUGUUAGUGGAACCCGAGGCUGCCAUAAAGUACCACAAGCCACCUGUAAUAUUUAUGGAGAUCCUCACUACAACACGUUUGAUAACAGCACCUACGACUUCCAGGGCACUUGUACAUACACUGCCGCUAAGGGCUGCCAUCUGGAGGGAACAAAACUCACUCCAUUUGCAGUUAUAAUAGAGAAUGAGAAAUGGAAUGAAAUCCAACUCACUCCAAAUGUCUCGAUGGCCAAGGUGGUUGUUGUGGAGGUGUACGGCAUGACUAUAAUUCUGCGAAGAAAUCAGCUACAUCAGGUCAUGGUUGAUGGUGUCUUAACCAACAUCCCUGUAAAUAUCAAUGAUGGAGAAGUGAUCGUCCAGCAGGAGGGCUAUCAUAAUGUAAUUCUUACAAACUUUGGCCUAAAAGUGCAAUAUGAUAUGAUUUAUGAGGUUCUCAUCACAGUCCCUGGCAUGUACGUAGGAAAGACCUGUGGCAUGUGUGGAAACUUUAAUGGUAAUAAAAAUGACGACUUACUUUUGCCAGACGGGAAAGCAGUAGAAAAAACAGAUAUAAAAACAUUUGGAGCGGCUUGGAAAGUGGCUGUCCCUGGUGUUGUGUGUGAUGAUGGCUGCAGUGGAGAUUUCUGUCCAAAGUGCCCUCAAAAAGAGAAAGUUGUAUUUGAAAAGGACUGUAGUAUUAUUAUCAACCCUACAGGGCCAUUUGCUGCCUGUCACAGUGUAAUUAACCCUGAAUCCUACUUCAGAGAUUGUGUUUAUGACGUCUGCAUGAGUGAGGGAGAUCAGGAUAUGCUGUGCCACAGUGUCGCUGCGUACAUGAGUGACUGUCAGAACUUCGGAGUGAAGGUUAACAACUGGAGAACAUCAACAUUCUGUCCUUUAGCAUGUCCUGCAAACACUGUCUACGAAAUCUGUGCAAAAGCAUGUGACACACCUUGUCCUGGCCUUUCUGAUGUAAUGAAGUGUAAUAUUCAGACUUGUGCUGAAGGCUGUAUGUGUAAACCUGGAUUCUUCUACAAUGGGACUAGCUGCAUUACAGCAGAUCAGUGUGGCUGUUUUGAGAAUGGACACAGCUAUAAGAUUGGUGAGACCGUCAUCACUAAUGACUGUCAGGAGCAAGUGACCUGCCUUUCAUCUGGCAAAUUAAAAAAAGAAAGCAUCAGUUGUAAAAGUAGUGAGCUCUGCACAGUUCAGAAUGGCCUUCGUGGAUGCUACCCAAGGCAGUGCCUGUUGGAGGCAGACUCCUUUAACCUUUUCAGUGGAGAAACUUUGGGCGUCAUGUCUUUAGGAGCCUUCGAGUUAGUGAGAGUAUGUGACACUGGUCUUGAAGCUGAAUGGUUCCGGGUGGUGGUUGAGUUGGGAUCUUACGGGAAUCAAAACAGUGUUGUGGCUGUCUAUGUCUACUUUGAAGAGGUCUUCAUUACUGUCACCAGGAAGCAGGACACUUGGAUCAAUGGAAAAGCUGUCACUUUGCCACAGCAGCUGAAGAAUGACGUGACCAUUGAGAUGACUGAAGACGCACUCGUUAUUGAAAAGAAGAAUAGCUUGAGAGUGUCUUUGAGUCUUUCGCUUCAGCUUGUGCUGAGUGUGAAUGAUGAAAUGGCGCAAAAGGUGUGUGGUGCCUGUGGAAGUGACGACAAAUUAUUUGAUGUCCAGCGUCAAGACAUUCAGGAAUACUGGGCUUUCUGGAGAGCACCUGACUUUCCAAGUGCACUUUGUUAAAGUUCAGUUUGAUUUAACUGUGAUUUGGUUUGAAUUAACGCCGGAUUUAAGGAAUAGGCAACAUCUCAUAAUUAGACUAUGUUUACACCUGGGUAUAAACUUUAGAGUGAUCAGAUCAGUGCUCAGUCAUGAUGGAUAGCUGUUCUAACAUGGCAUUUUUUGUUUCUCAAAGCCAUCUUCAGCGUCUACUUGUGAUGGUCUUUCAUGACAAUUGAGGAAAACCCCAACAUCGAAAAUAUUAAUUUACUAGAUGCGAAUUUACUAAUUAAAUAGGAGACUGCAUGGCAUUGUGCAGCUGUAAUGACCCUUACACAAUAUGCAUGGAUAUUAUAUUAAUACUGCAGUGAGAAAGGAACAUUUUUAUGCAGAAUUUGUUAUUGUAGAGACAUGUCACAUUAAGCGUAUUUUGUCUUGUUGGUAGUUAAAGCCAUUUUUUCUUCCUACUCAUAAUUGCCUAGCUAUAUAUUUUUGUGUUUCUAAAACUUUAAUAGGCAACAAGAUUCAAUGGCUUAAUAAUGUUUCCUACAACAAGGUCAUCCACUUGCUGAAAAUAUAUUACCAGAUUUUAUAUCACGAUCAUUGUUGCAUCUAUAAAAUUCAAACUGAAAGACUUGGCAAUGUUUUAAAGCAAUUGCUAAAAUAUUUAUUUCAUACAUGUAGUAUAUUGUCACAUAUCACAAAUAAUUACGAAAAUGGGAGACAAACGCAUUGUUAGAGUGGCGAACAAAGCUAAUACAGAAACAGUAUGAAGUAGCCUGUUGUGAAAUGAGGCUCAGGAUCAUUAAGUGCUUCCUGGAUGUGUGAUGUGAAAUCUGAAAAUCUGAUCACUAGAAUAUUGUAAUCAGGGCCUUAGACAUUAAGCAUCAUUUAAAUUAUCAUUAAACUAGAAUGCUUUAAAGUUGAUAAUGCAAUCUUGACAUAUUUAGAGAAUGAAAACAAAUAGUAUUAUUUUUGCUUCAGUUAAGAUCCAAAUCUUUACUCACUGGUUAAUUGAUUUACCUAUUUUUACCUGCACCACACUUUCAUGGCAUUUCCAAAUAAAGAGGUUUACCAUCA